AAACAAAAUGGAGGUCUUUGAUGUGUGUGUCGCGUUGUCUUAAAAAUUGCUGCUAGAAUUUUGCGUUAAACGCUGUGAGCGAAUGUGUUUCAAUGCGAAUAUGUCAAAGGUCGGCCAUGAAGUGCGCGAAACACGAGACACAAAUGACUGUACCAUAUAAAAGCAACAACAAGACGUUAAAUUGCACACCAGUUGUAAUUAAGUUUAGUAGUUAGAACCCGCUACCAACAAAUUUAUAAUCAUAAUCGACAAGACGAAGGCGGAGAGAGACACCAGAUCGCAGGGGUAAAGUGAGCAGCUUGGAAACAAUAUCCGAACCCCCUGAAAAGUGGAACUUUUCCACCCACACCGUCUGGUUCUCAGUCACCGGCUACUAUUCGAAUUUUCGACUUCUUAACAACGGCCACGCGCAGAGAGCAGCAUCAAAAUUAAGCCAAUAGACGACCAAACAUAAAACGCAGCGGCGUCCUUCGACGCGUAACGGACAUUUCUGUGUGCGCUGCGUUUCAAUAAUCUGAUGGAUGGAAAUGCACAAAAUAUGUUUCACGGAAAUCAUCAAGGAGAUCCCUAUUACCGUUAUGAUGCCGCAGCUGCCGCAGCAGCAGCCGCCGCGGCAAAUCCUCGGGCAAUGGGACCGCCUGGCGGCUAUCCGCCGCGCCACCGCCCACCACAUCCGCUACAGCAACAGCCCCAAUAUCCAUCGUACCAGCCAACGGCGGAGAAUCUCUACGGGCUGGGGGCCGCCGAUCACCAGGCGGCCAUGGGCGUUGGCCUCGGCGUUGGAGUGGGAGUUGGCGCCGGAAUGGGCGACCUAAGCGGUUGGGGAGCGGCGCCUUCGGUUCCGGGCCAGGCAGCAGCUUAUCCCGGGGCCGGUUUGGGGGCCUAUGGCCAUCCGCAGACAGCUCCACCGGCGCAGCAGCAGCGCCAGAGCAACGCCAGCGCAUACCGCCAGCACAUGCCCGCCUACGGACAACAGGAGCAGCAGAAACUUGCGUCCUAUGGUGCGCAGCAGAGCAUGAUGGCGGGCUAUGGAACGCUUACACCCCAGCAGCAACAGCAGCAGCAACCGCCCACGCCGCAGCAGCAGCAGGUGCAACAACAAGCACAGCAGGUGCAGCAGCAGGCGCAGCAACAACAACAACAGCAGCAGCAGAGUCAGCAGCAGGCUCGACUGCCGCAGCAUUAUCCGCAGGCUCCGGGGCAGCAUCCGUUGUAUCCUGGCGUGGGAGCACCCACUGUCCAGGCGGGACAACCUCCCACGCCCCAAGCUUAUGCUCACAGUCCGUACGGGAGUCCCAUGCAACAUCAACCGGGCAGAGGAGCGCCCCAACACGUGGGUUACGGUCACACAGGACUGGAUCAGGCUUCAGCGUACGGGCAACAUGUGCCGGGUGCAGCGCCACCAGGCCACCACUUGACAGCGCAGCAGCAGCAGGCUGCGCAGCAAUUGGGGGCCCACCAGCAGCAGCAGCUCCAAUCGCAGCAGCAACAGCAGGCGCAGCAACAGCAACCUCACGUCUCGUUGAUGCAGCAGCAACAGUUGCCGGGCGCUGGAUUACCGCCACCACACAUGGGAAUGCCGCCUAGUUACGGGAGCCACCAUCAGCAGCAGCAACAAGCCCAACAACAACAGCAGCAGGCAGCUCCGCCUUACAUGUCCAGCAGCAAACAUCAACAGGCGGCUGCUCAGCUAAAUUCAUCGCCCCAGUACCGCGCUCCUUUCCCUCAGCUUUCGCCUCAAAUGUCGCCACGACCGCCGACAAUGUCGCCGCAUCCACAAAUGUCUCCGCGACCAGUGGGCGUGUCACCGGCAAAACCACCGCCCCCUCAACAGCAGCAACAACAAACACAGGCACAGCAGCCACAACAGGUGGUGAACAAUCAGCCCAGCCAGCACAGUAUUCAAGGCAUGGUGGGUCUGCCGUCGCCGCGUCCCCAACCGCCCACAAGUGGAGCUGGGGGACCAGGAGCGAAGGGUCCAGCACCAGUUGCUGCUCCCGUUAACACAUUACAGGCCCUUGAACAAAUGGUGAUGCCGUCGCAGGCUCUCGGGUUGCCACCCAUGGAUUACCCAUCGGCUUACAGAAGUUCUGUGGGACCCAGGAUGCCCGUAUCCCCGCAGCAACAGCAGCAACAACACCAUCAACAAUGGGGCACGACCCAUGGCACUCAGCACUUGGCUGCACUGCAGCAGCAGCAGCAGGCACAACAACAACAGCAGCAGGCGCAACAGCAGCAACAGCAGCAACAGGCACCGCCGCAGCAGCAGCAGGCGGCCAUGUUGCAGGCGCAACAUCACCAGCAACAGCUGAAUAUGUAUGGUCAGCCGAUGGGACAGCAGCAACAGUCUCAAACCCCUCAGCAACAAGUUGUGUCGCCAGUGGCUUCACAACCUCCAGUGGUGGCCACCCCCCAGCAGCAGCAGCAACAACAGCAACAGCAACACCAGCAGCAAACACUAAAUGAUCAAUUGCAGCACUCUAUCAACGAUAUUGUUGGGGGAGGUAAUAGUGGUGGAGCAACAGGCCCCACUCAAACCCAACAGCAGCAGCAACCCCAACUGGCGGCCAUGACGUCGCCGUUGCACCAGCAAAGUCUGCCCAGCAUGCACCAUUUGAUACAGCCCACCAUGGAGACAGCACAACCGCCGCAGCAGCAACAGCAAACGGCACAACAGCAACCGCAGGCGACUCUAACAUCGCCGCACCACCAGCAAAUACAACAUCAGUCACCUAUACACCAGCAGCAGCAGCAACAGUCACCGCACCACCAGCAACAUUUACCCAGCUACAAUCAGUCGCAGCAGCAAUUCGAUCCAUUUGCUAACAUACUAGGAGAAAAUCAACAACCUGCAGCCCAACAGACAAUGUCGCCUGCUCAUGUAAGCUCGCCAAUACCUGCGCAAAUGCAACAGCAGACCCAACAACAGCCAGCUCAGCAAGUUCCACAAACGCAGCAACAACAGGUGCCGCAGGCUCAGCAGCAGCAGCAACCUUCGACACCUUCACAUCACCUGAGCAGCAUUCUCAAUGAAACAGCCAACUCGAAUGAUUCCUCCACUUUGGCAGUGGCUGCUAAUGACAGCAACAACAGCAGCAGCAACAGUAGCACUAACAGCAUUGUCAACAACCAGCCCACUUCGGUACACGACAGCAACUCGCAAAGCAGCAUUAACAGCAGCAGCAACAACCAGCAACAGUUGCUCAUGGACAACACGAAUUCGCAUGGAGGAAAUUCGGAAUCUGUUCAGCAUGUUGGAGUAGAUGUCGGCCUUUUCGAUAACAACUCCAUGUCAUCCACAUCCGCAGCAGUAGCUGCCGUGGCCUCCAAUGCAGUUUCUGCAGCAGCAGCACUUCUGGAUAGUAAUUCGCAGUCGUCGAAUGCAGAGUUUGAGAAGAACCAGAGCGAAGGUGAAGGACUUGGUGGCGUGGGUGGAGCUUCUGCCAAUGAAACUGAGUUGCCACAGGAUGAGACAAGUGUUUCUAAAACCCAUGAAACAAUUCUAAGCUCAGAAUUGCCAGCAAUCCAGGAGGAUGUGCAGGAUAAGCCUUCUGAAGAGAUGGAACAAACUCAGCUGGGUCAACCUUCAGCGGAUUUGUCUACGUCUUUAUCAGAGGAACCUAAAAUCAUAGAGGAAUUGGGAGAGGAUAAAUCGCAAUCUGCAACUGGUCUGGGGACCUUAACCGAGCCAACCACCCCAGCGGGUCAACCGCCUCAGCAACAGAUACCUCCCAUGGCACUGCCCAUGCAUCCCAUGGCUCCUGGAUACGAGACCCAGGCUCAGGGACAAAGUCACAUACCAUCAAUGAUGCCUCCAUAUGGAGGGACACCUGGAAUGUAUCCACCUUAUCCGAUGUUGCACCAACAAGAAAUAGCUGCACUGCAGCAGCAGAUUCAGGAACUGUAUUGUAUGCCUCCAGGACACGAGCUCCAGCACCAAGAUAAGUUGAUGCGGAUGCAGGAGCGCCUAAAUCUUUUGACGCAGCACGAAAUAAACGAUCAGUGUGCCGGCGGUCCACAAUGCUUGCUCUUCCAGAACGUUCCGCCAAUGUAUGGACCCCCAGGAAAUCCCUUGCUCAAUCAGCAAAUGGUAGAAAGCCCUCAAGUAUCCAGUACCACAGGAAGAGGCCGGGGAAAAGGGACAAACAAACCACGCAAACCCCGUGCCAAGAAGGGCGAAAAGGGUCAAGUAAGUCAGCAGCAGGAUCUGAUGGAUAUCAGCGGCAAUGUGGUGGUGGGAGCAGCCAAUGCCAUCCCAAGUAUCCCAACGACACAGCUGCCCGUCUCCGAGGACUGUGUGACACAAGGAGCGGGGGAUACUAGCGUGGUCGGCUUGCUGGAAUAUAGCGAGGGCAUGGGUGAUCUCUCGCAAGAUGUGCACUCAGCUAAUGAACUGGAUACUUCCACCGACGGCAGUGGCAAAAAGAAGAAGCCACGCAAGCCUAGGACACCCAAGGAUCCAAAUAAACCUCCGAGGGAUAGGACGCCGAAGGUUAAAAAGCCUAAGGAUCCUAAUGAUCCAAACUCUACUGAGCCACCAGCUGCGGGAAGAAAACGAGCAAGUGUUAGUAAGCGCAGGAAACAGUACGGAGAAGAUGGAACUGAACAAACUGGAGAGGGCAGCGAAGUAGAGGACAACAAGCCGUUGGUGCCCAAAGCGGGAUCCGCUGAUGGUGAAGCGGAAACCACUUCGGGAGGAACUGGUGUAGAUGGAGAAUCUCCAGACUACGAUGACAUACCCGUCUCGAAAAUUCCCCGAGGCGCCAAUGAAGACGAUAAGGACGCCGAGGCCGGGGAUGAAACAGUAGACUCUGUUCCAGAUUCAGCAGGAGAUCCUGCCUCCACUCCAAGCAGAAGAGAUCGCAAGCGAUCCACCGCCAGGAGUCGUCGCAAUGCCAAUUCCGAGGAAGGAGGCAGUGCGCGCAAGAAUCGUGGAUCUCUCUCCGCCAAGGCACUUAAAAAGCGAAGAAACAGGGGUAGGAUUGUACCCGAAUCCGAUGGAGAAGAUGACACAAUGGACAGAACUCCACCUCCAUCACCUCCUCCAGACUCUGAGCUUGAUUCCAACAAGCGAAGAUCUUCAAGAAAUACUCAACGGAAAAAAUACAUCGAUGAUGUAAUGCUAAGAUUCUCCGAUGACGAAAACUCUCUGUUGGUGGCUUCUCCAGUAAAGAAGGAUAAAAAAUCUUCCACGAAUGCGGCUAAUUCCAAUGCAGGCAGUGAUGUGGAGAAAGCGGAGCCGCAGUCUGGCGCCGAAGGAGAACCUGGCCAGGAGGUGGGUGAUGAGAAGUCUAAUCUACCGAUAGACGAAAGUAGCCAACUGGAAGCCAGUUCGAGCACUUCAGCAGCAGCGGCGGCAGCAGUGGAAAAGGAGCGACAAAUCUCCAGCGAUGCCGCCAACGCAGCCAUAUCCUCCAAGCCCAAUUACGUGUACAUAAACACUGGUGAUGAAGACAGCAUGGUGGUACAAUUAGUCCUGGCAUUACGAAUGGGAAAACGUGAACUCAUCCCUGAAAAACCGAAGGAAAAGCCAAGCGAACCCAAAAAUGAGGAAGAUAAAUCGGGAUCUGAAGAAGCAUCAGCUGAAAAUGUUGACGACCAAGAAAACGUCAAAACAAAGAGUGAAGAAGGUGAAUCAAAAGAGGAUUCAACUGAUGCAGAGGAAAAAAAAACCGAAACCUCCGAAAUGGAAGUGAAAAGCAAAGAAGAAUUAGAGCCGGUGGAUACUAAAAAACCUGACGAGGACAAUAAUGAUGGAGACAAAAUGGACGUAGAUGAUGAAGUUGAAAAAUCAGCUGAAGAAAAUAAGACAGGAGCGCAAUCAGAAACAGAAGAAAAUUCUGGAAUUAUUGAAAAAGACAAAUCUUCAAAUAUUGAAGAGGCGGAGGAGGCCAAGAAAAUAGAGACUGUCGCCGAAAAAAUGGAAGUAGAUGAGAAGGAAGGACAAGCCAAGUCACCUAAAUCCAAAGAAGAAUCAGAAGAAAAGUUCAUUGACGAAUCUAAACUUGAAGAGGCUACUACAGAAAAAGAUCAGAAAACAUUGGAAAAUGAAGGCGAAAAAGAGCCAAACAAGGAGACAGAAGAACCCGGAAAGAAUGAGACUGGCGACGAAAACGAAGCGGACAAGGAAAACAAACCUGAACCCGUCUUUAUCGAUGUAGAGGAGUACUUUGUUAAAUACCGCAAUUUCAGUUACCUACAUUGCGAGUGGAGAACUGAAGAGGAACUGCUCAAAGGCGAUCGUCGCGUGGCUGCCAAGAUUCGCCGCUUCCAGCAGAAGCAAUCUCAGCAGUUAAACAUAUUUGAGAACAUCGAGGACGAGCCCUUCAAUCAGGACUUUACAGAAGUUGAUCGGGUGUUGGACAUGUCCGUUCACACGGAUGAAUCCAGUGGGGAGACCACCAAGCACUAUCUGGUCAAGUGGAAGUCACUUCCAUAUGAAGACUGCACCUGGGAGUUGGAAGAAGAUGUAGAUAACGACAAGAUUGAGCAGUAUCUGCGCUUCAACAAAGUUCCGUUAAGGUGCGAGUGGAAGGCCAAGAAACGUCCGCAUCCAGAACUUUGGAAAAAACUCGAGAAGACUCCAAUCUACAAGGGAGGAAAUAGCCUGAGACCCUAUCAACUGGAGGGUCUCAAUUGGUUAAAGUUUUCCUGGUACAAUACUCACAAUUGCAUACUGGCCGAUGAAAUGGGUCUAGGAAAAACCAUCCAGAGUUUGACAUUUGUGCACUCUGUUUAUGAGUACGGAAUCAGAGGUCCCUUCUUGGUAAUAGCUCCUCUUUCCACGAUACCCAACUGGCAGCGAGAAUUCGAAGGCUGGACGGAUAUGAACGUGGUGGUGUAUCAUGGUUCGGUAACCAGCAAACAAAUGAUUCAGGACUAUGAAUAUUAUUAUAAGACAGACAGCGGAAAGGUGUUGAAGGAACCUAUCAAAUUUAACGUUUUGAUCACCACUUUCGAAAUGAUCGUGACGGAUUACAUGGAUUUAAAAGCGUUCAACUGGCGCCUUUGUGUAAUUGAUGAAGCACAUCGUCUGAAAAAUAGGAAUUGCAAGCUCCUUGAGGGUCUGCGGCAGCUAAAUUUGGAACAUAGGGUACUGCUCUCCGGAACUCCCCUUCAAAACAACAUCAGCGAAUUGUUCUCGCUGCUUAAUUUCCUGGAACCCUCGCAAUUCUCCUCGCAGGAGGAGUUCAUGUCCGAGUUUGGAAGUCUCCGCACUGAGGAGGAGGUAAAUAAACUGCAAGCUUUACUAAAACCCAUGAUGCUGCGUCGUCUUAAGGACGAUGUGGAGAAAAGUUUGGCACCCAAGGAAGAAACCAUUAUCGAAGUGGAGCUUACUAACAUACAAAAGAAAUACUAUCGAGGAAUCCUGGAGCAGAACUUUAGUUUCCUGAAAAAAGGAACCACCUCAGCAAAUAUACCCAACCUGAUGAACACAAUGAUGGAGUUGAGAAAGUGCUGCAUUCAUCCCUAUCUUUUAAAUGGAGCUGAGGAACAAAUCCAGUACGAUUUCAAAUCCCAGCACGGUGAAGAUCCAGAGUCUUAUUACAAGAACCUGAUUCUCUCCGCUGGUAAAAUGGUUUUAAUUGAUAAAUUGCUACCUAAACUCAAAGCAAAUGGUCAUCGAGUGCUCAUAUUUAGUCAGAUGGUGCGUUGUUUGGAUAUCUUAGAGGACUAUUUGGUCUAUAGAAAGUAUCCCUUUGAGCGAAUUGAUGGACGAAUUCGAGGAAAUCUCCGGCAGGAGGCCAUCGAUCGUUAUUCCAAGCCAGGAUCGGAUCGUUUUGUGUUCUUGCUAUGCACUAAAGCAGGAGGAUUAGGCAUUAAUUUAACAGCUGCCGAUACGGUCAUCAUUUACGAUUCGGAUUGGAACCCUCAGAACGACUUGCAGGCUCAGGCCCGAUGCCACCGUAUUGGCCAAAGAAAAAUGGUGAAAAUCUACCGAUUGCUAUGCAGGAAUACCUAUGAGCGGGAGAUGUUUGACAAGGCUUCGAUGAAACUUGGAUUGGACAAGGCUGUCCUACAGUCGAUGAACACCCAGGGCUCUAAGGAUGGCAACAACAAGCAGCUGUCUAAGAAGGAGAUCGAAGAUCUUCUGAAGAAGGGAGCCUACGGGGCUGUCAUGGAUGACGACAACGCUGGUGACAAGUUUUGCGAAGAGGACAUCGAUUCAAUCCUCAAGCGCCGCACACAAGUCAUAACCAUGGAAUCUGAGAAAGGUUCAACCUUCUCGAAAGCUUCAUUUGCUGCCUCCGGAAACCGAUCCGAUAUUACCAUAGAUGAUCCUGAUUUCUGGACCAAGUGGGCCAAGAAGGUUGACAUUGACCCAGAUGCUUGCGAGCGGGAUGAAACGGAGGACUUGGUUUUGUCCGAACCAAGAAGACGCACCCAAAUAAAACGCUACGGCCACGAGGAUGUAAUGGAGCUUAAUUCGGAGGAUUCCUCCAAUGAGAACAGCGAUGAAGAGGGAGGAAUAGGCCUUCGUUCCCGUCGCCGCAAGGAGAAACGAGAUCGCAACCGUGAAAAGAAGGGCAACGAUGAAUACAUUCCCCGCGAGCGAGAUGCCCUGGCUGCCUUGGGAUUGGAGGAGAUUCAGUAUGGCAACUGGGCGAAGUCCGAGUGCUUCAAAGUGGAGAAGGGGCUGCUUUCGUUUGGUUGGGGUAGAUGGUCGGAACUUCUGGAGCUUGGACAAUUUAAGCGAGGUUGGCGCGAUAUCGACGUCGAGGAUUGUGCUCGCAUCAUCCUCCUUUACUGCCUGCAGGUCUACAAGGGUGACGAAAAAAUCAAGACGUUCAUCUGGGACCUGAUCACGCCGACGGAGGACGGUGAGGUGCAGAAGAUCAGCAGGGAUCAUAGUGGCCUACACAACUUGGUGCCACGAGGUAGGAAUGCCAAAGGCCGGAAUGGGGGCAAGUCUAACAAAGAAUCCACGGGAAUUUCUACACCUGCUCCAGGCACUGCAUCUGGUAGUAAUAGUGGCAACACGACUCCAGCUCACAAAUCAAGUGCCCUGGAUGGAUCCGACAAGGAUGGUGGCGGAAUAAGUGCCAGUGCUGUGGCCGCAGCGGUAACUAGUAUUCACGACCCCAAUCACUGGAGCAAGAAGGAGAAGUACGACGCCGAUGCGUACUUGGAGGGCGCCUACAAAAAGCAUUUGGGCAGACACGCCAAUAAGGUUUUGCUGCGCGUAAGGAUGCUCUAUUAUAUACAACACGAGGUUAUUGGUGAUUUUGUUCAGCAGAUCAAGGAUAAUACUCCUAUCAGCAGUUCGAAAGCCAAGCAGCAGCUGGCACUCAAUCUGAAUCUGAAUCUGGAAAGCGAGCUCCCCAUUCGCCCGCCGCCAACGCCAGAUCAAGUGCCAUCCUCAUGGUGGAAUCCCAUUUGUUGUGAUAAGAGUCUGUUGGUCGGAACCUACAAGCAUGGCUGUGAAAUGUAUCGUCAAAUGCGCGCCGAUCCCAAUCUGUGCUUUGUCACCCAUGUGGGCGCCGGUGCGGCCGGUGACGAUCUGGCUGCUACGAAUUUGCCGAUAAACGAAGACGAUGCAAAUUCGAAGCACGAUGAUGGCGACGAAGUGGACGACGACGGCACCACCACGACCAAAGACUCGGACUCCACCAAACUCAUCGGGGGCGAAAACAAGGAUUUGCUUCUCGACCCGGAGCGCCCCAGUUCGUCGGGUAAGAGCAGCAGCGAAAGUGGCAGCAGCGGCAACGACAAAACGGAAUGCGAAAAAGAUGCCACAACCGCUUCUGAAUCCUCAUCCAAAUCCAAAGCCAAAGCUGAUGCCUUACCGGGCAGUGGCAGCGAUGUUGAUGUGGCGGUCGCCCAGCAGGGUGCAUCAUCAGCGACUCCAGAAUCGGCAGAUACAUCAGAUCCUGAUAUAACUAAAAAUACCGCGCCAGUCUUAGCCUCUGUUUCCCGCGAUCCAGCCGACUCCAGUUCGCCGGAGGCGGUGAGAGAAGUCCAGGAGACGGGGGCCAAGACUGGCUGUGCCGGCGAAUCGGACAGCGAAACGGAGAAAAAAAAUAACGAAAAGGAAACUAAGGAGUCAACUGUUGCUGCUCCUGCUGGGGAAACCAAAAAAGAUACCGCUGCUAUUGCCCGAGUUGAAGGCGCUAAAGCGGAAUCAUGCACUAACAAUGCUACCACAAACAUCACUACCACUACUACUACUACCAUUACCAAUACCACCACUACCACCACCAAUAAUCCAUCAUCCAAAGCGGCUAACUCUAACAACACCACCGACCAUGCUAACUCCAACUCACAUUUAGGCUUGGACGAGGAAGAGAGCAUCGCCGGCAGUUAUCCGCCCACCGUGGCAGCCGUCGAGGAUGCCACCACCAUGUGGCCGUCGAUGCAGGACCUCAACACCCGCCUGCGGCGUGUGAUUACCGCCUACCAGAGGAAUUACAAGAAAGAGGAACUGAAGCUACAGCAGAAGGCCAAGCUCCAGGCAUUGGUUUCAUCGACGCCCCCGCUGUCGGUCCCCACCACGCCUACUCUUCAGUCCAUGCAAAUGCAGCUGCAGAGCAGCUCCGGUGGCAGUGGCUCCGGAGUCGGAUCCUCUGGCCAGCACGAUGCCAGCGGCCGGAGUCUCCAGGCGUUGAUGCAAUCACAGGGGGCCAGUACAUCCGCAGCAGCUGCGGCAGCCGCCGGAGGAUCCGGUGUUGGACCCGGGCAGGGGGGCUCGGGCGGAGCUGGAGUAAUGCCAGCCAUGCCCACUGCAUCCGACAUCAGCCUGAUGCUCAGCAUACUCAACACCACCGACGUCAGCCAGCUGGCCAAUUUGGACAUCAAUAAACUGGCCAUGUACCUGGUCAGCAUGAACAAUAAAAUGGAGCGGCAGGGCAAAAUGGAACUGGCGGCCAAGGAGCGUGAGUCCCAGCGCCUGCAGCUCAUCCCGAAGAAGUGGAACCGCCGCGAGGAAUACGAAUUUCUGCGAGUUCUUACUGGAUAUGGCGUAGACCUACACCUCUCCACACCAAUGAGUUCGAGCAGUGGAAGUUCCCUAUCACCCGACUGGACAAAGUUCAAGCAGAUGGCUCAUUUGGAAAGAAAGAGCGAUGAAACAUUGACGGAUUAUUAUAAGGUCUUUGUGGCUAUGUGCAAGCGGCAGGCAGGUUUGAAGCUCGCAGAAUCGGAGAGAGGUCUAGAAAGUAUCAUCGAGGAAAUCGAAAAGGAGCACGCCAAGCUCAUACUAGAUCGUCUGGAAGUUCUUGCCAAGCUGCGAGAAGUCGCUCGUAAUCCCUUACUCGAGGAACGCCUUAAACUCUGCACUAUGAAUGGUGAUACCCCCGAUUGGUGGGAGCCUGGCCGCCACGACAAGGAAUUGAUCACUGCCGUCCUUAAGCACGGUCUCUAUCGCUCGGAAACCUUUAUCUUUAAUGAUCCAAACUUUAGUUUUGGAGAGUCAGAAAAGCGUUUUAUUCGAGAGUUGGAAGCUCAAAUCCAGCGCACCAUCAAGCUGGAAGCUUUCAAUGCUGAGAAGGCAGAGAAAUUGGCGGCAGCUGAGAAAGCAGCGGCAGCUGAAAAGGCAGCAGCAGAAAAGGCAGCUUCGGUCAAAAAUGAGGUUAUAGAUUUGGAUGAUGAACUCAUGACAGACGAGAGUGUCAUUAAGAAGGAAACAUCUGCUUCUCCCGUAAAAGAUGAAAUUAAAGCAGAGGAGAGCGGAGAAAAGAACCCAGACACUGGUGUCAGUACCAAAGCAAAAAUAUCUGAGACCGAAGAGUCUAGAAAGAUUGAAGCUGAGGUCAAGGAUGAAGAAGAUUUAAAGGAGGAAGCCUCAGAGAAAAACGCGGAAGACGAAACUGAAAAUUUGGAUAAGGAUAAAUCCACCAAUGAAAAAUUGGUCUCAGAAGCCGAUGAAACCAAGCCCAGUGAAGAAAAAAUAGGAGAUGAGGAGUUAGCCAUAGCCGAAAAUGGUCAGGAGAAGGAAGGAUCUACAGAGAAAUCCACUGAGAAAAAAGAGAAUACUUUGGAAGAUAACAGAAAAACUGCUGAAGAAGAGGGCUCAAAAAUAGAGUUGGAGGAAAUGGCUUCCAAAGUAGAAGAAAAAUCCACUAAAGAUUCGGAAUUUUCCGAAAAGGAAUCUGAAAAUAAGGCUGCUGUAAAGACUGAUGAAGAAAAAGCUGAAGAAUUAAAAGAACCGUCUAAGAAGCAAUCAGAAGAUAUGGAAAUAGAGAUGAAACCUACCGAAGCUGAGCCUUCUGAGAAGUCUCCUAUUCCAGCUGAAUCUGAGGAAACAGCUCACAAGAAACCGACUGGAGACCAGGAAAUACUUGACUUGGUGACAGGACCUACAGAUCCCGAUGAUGACGAGGUGAUGAAGGAAAAAGAAAAAGCAGUGGAAGAAGAAUGCAAGAAGCAGGCGGCCGAACUGAAAGCCCGCUUCCCGGAUCUGGAAGUAAUCCAACCCGCGACGGUGAAACAGCAAAAGCUGGAGAAGCCCAAGCUAGAGAUGUGCAUGAUUCGUUGGUUCAAGGAUUUCGCUUUGGAGCGCCGCAUUGCGCACAUCGUGUCCUGCGUCGAGUCUGGAAAGUGGCCGGUGGAUAGCAAGUAUAGUGCUUUUGCCAGCUGCAAGGGAGCCACUGAUCUGAGCAUUGCUCUUCACGAAUCUAUUCCUCACCUGAGCAGUUUGGAGCGUCGCUCCACAACACCCGAUGUGAUUACCAUCACUACGGAUCAGGGUGUGACGAAGCACCUGCAGGCCUCGCAGAUGCAGCAGGUGGCCAGUUCGUCUUCCGUUUCAUCUGCCUCCUCGGGAAUGCCCCAGGUCACCCAAUCAAAGCCCUUGUCAGCCACCAGUUUACCUGGUUUGGAUGCGAAUAGCAUCAAUGCUGCAGUGGCGGCGGCCGUUGCUGCGGCUGCAGCGGGUGGAAAUGCCACCUCCUUAUCUUCCCUACUCCCUGGAAUGUCGCUGAGUGCGGCAUCUGGCACGUCAGCCGGUGGAGUGGGCGGACUGAGCGUCCCAAGUUCGGGAUCAGGAGUGGGCAAGAAGCGCAAGCGACACAUCGCCAUCGACGUAGAGACGGAAAGGGCUAAAUUGCACGCCCUGCUCAACAGUUCGACAAUGGCACCAAAAGACUGGGAAAGUGAGAUAGCCAACAUGGAGGCAUUGACUGGUUCCUCUGGCCGUGGUCGAGGAGGUAACUCUUCCUCUGCUUUGAGUGGUAUGCAGCCUCCCCCAGCUCACCAACAUGCUUCGCUCUCGCGGCAGUCCUCCGGUCAGUUCAGCAAACCAGCUAUCCCCGCCCUAAAGACACCUCCUCCUUCGAUGGGCACACCCAUGGAUCUGUCCUCAAGCCUGCCGAAAAUGAACAUGACGGAGAUGCUAAAGUCGGCCUCUAGUGGGGGAGCCAUCGACUUGAGCGAGGUGCAGGACUUUUCUAUGCCCUCUAAGAAAUCCAGCGUGCAUGCUGCUCUUAGUUCCGCAUUUCCCUCAAUGGGCAGCAAGAGCAAACUUGACGACACGCUCAACAAACUAAUGAAGAAGAACAAUUGUACAAUAGAAGAGCCUGUGAUUGGCAAGGAGAAAAAGCGCAAGAAGUUGGACGAGAUCGUGCUCGGCCUAUCAGCGGCCAAAGAGCAAAAGACCUUCCCUGAUCCAUCGCUGCCAUCCUCAAAGAAGCCGCAAAUCCCGCCAAGCGUGUCUGUUACGCCGGCGAAUCUGCAAUCGUCGGUCAGCCAGCAGUCUAACCAGAAACCCUUUACCAUCACUGUUACCACAGUGCCCGGAAAGUCCAAGGGCGGAUCGUCCAGCGGUGGAUCCGGCGCCGGAGGAAGCUCAUCGGCCAGCGGCGGAGGAGCCGGCGGCAGCGGGCUGAGCGCCCUUCAGAACAUGGCAAUGGGAGGUCUGUCCUCCAAGGACAGUUUGAACGCCCUUCUGAAUCAGACAAUGUCAACCGAUCCGCAAACGUUCCUCAAGCAGCAGCAGAAGAUGAUGCAAUUUUUGCCGCCUGUCCAACGAAAGGCGUACGAGAGCAUGCUUGCCGAGAUGGAGCAGGCCAUGAAGAUAAGCUCCAAGUUUUCGACCAACUCCCCGCACGACGUCAAGGUCAACAAGUGGCUCUCAGACAUGUCAAGUCCACUGGGCGACCAGCUCAGCAUUGAUUACGUGGGCGGAGGCGGAGCUGGUGGUUCUGGGAGUGCCAACAGCCGGCGCUCCAACCGCCAGCAGGGCAGCUCUUCGCAACAGUCCCCAAGUGCUGCCCAGCUGCAGAAGCAGCAGCAACAACAACAACAACAGCAGCAACAACAACAGCAGCAACAUUCAAUAUCAGGGCCGCAGAAUCUAACAGGAGAGGAGCCUGUACCCGUGAUCAAUAAGCAGACUGGCAAGCGUUUGGGAGGAAACAAGGCGCCGCAGCUCAAGCGGCUCAUGCAAUGGCUCACGGAAAACCCCAACUACGAAGUGGAUCCAAAGUGGCUGGAACAGAUGCAAAAUCCCAUGUCAGCACCGUCUCCUAAACCCACAUCUAUGGAUAGCAGCUAUGGCUCCUCGGCAGUAAAGUCCCAUGGCGGUCGCCCGUCGUCCAACUCGAGUAACGCCUCAUCCUCUUCCCAUACCCAACAACAGCAACAGUCAUCAACUCAGUCGUCAGCGGGUGGUAACUCUGGCACAUCCAAAAAGUCAUCCCGUCAGCAAACGGCAGCAUCAGCUGCUCUAGAUCAAGCUGCGUUACAAUUUGGGUCUCUAGCUGGUCUGAAUCCCAGCCUGCUGGCUGGACUGGGAGCUUUUGAUCCCAAAAAUCCUCUGGCAGCUUUUGAUCCCAAGAACCCGCUGCUUUCUAUGUCAUUCGGAGGAAUGCCCGGAAUGAGUAAUAUUCCUGGACUAGGUAACCUAAACAACAUGAACCUGUUUGCAAGCUUGGCGGGAAUGGGAGGAUUGGGAAAUCUAGCGGGGAUGGACACCCAGUCGCUGGCUGCACUUAUGGCUGCUGCCGGACCAACUCUAGGCGGAUUGACUGGUGCUUCCGGAGGAGCGGGUUCCGGUAAGAGCCAGGUGCAGUCGCAGUCCGGCGGUGGCUCAUCCGGUGCUUCCUCAUCCUCUUCGGCCAGCAAGAAAAAACAGCAGCAACAACAACAGGCUCAACAGCAGGCGCAAAAUGAAGCUGCUCAAUUGGCGGCUGCCAUCAGCGCUAGCACAGGAGGAUCCUCUGGCGGAGCUGGUGGCAAGAAUGCAGCAGCUUCUGCAUCCCAGCUGGCUGCCGGCUUCCCCUUUUUGUUCCCGAAUCCUUCGUUACUGUAUCCGCCCAUGGGACUGGGUGGGCUUAAUCCUUAUUCUUUGGGAUCCAGUGGGCUGGGCUCUGCAUAUGAUCAGCUGGCCCAGCAGUAUAAUCUGCUAAAUGGAGCCACUUCAUCCGCCACAAACACGAAUUCAACGCAGUCUAAAUCCCAUCAGUCGCAAUCAAAGGCCAGUCAGUCUAGGAACGCCUCAGCGGCAGCCAACUCAGCAGCUAGCCUAAUGAAUGCUAUGGCCAGCAUGGGCGGAGGAGCAAGCACGGCAACCACGGCUUCAACAUCAGCAUCAGGAUCCGGACGAGGCAGGCAGUCGAGCAGCAGAAACCAAUCCCAAACCACACCCACAGCGGCAGACAUGGCUCAACUGAGUAGCUUACUCAUGCCAGGAGCGGAUCCGCAUCUUCUCGAAUCGCUGAGUCGCAUGAGCAAUAUGGAUUUGGCGCAAGCAACUCGAUUGAUGAGUUCACUGGGAAUGCCUCCACUUCCAGGAAUUUCCAGCUCUUCCGGAGCAGGAAACUCAUCUUCAAGCAAGAGGUCUAGCCAAGCAGCUAAUGAAGCCAACGCUCAGGCAAAGGAACAGCAGAAGUGGUUUGAGAGUCUGACCCGCGGAGCCCUGCCUGCGGAUUUAUCUGCCCUGCAAGCCUUCUCGCAGUCCAAAAUGCCUUCGACGUCCAGCUCCAAUACGGGAACAUCUACUUCUUCGAGCAAGAGCUCGAAGUCUGCAGCAGCGGCGGUGGCGUCACAACUGCCACAAAUCCCUGGAAUGUCCAGUGAUUUCUCACAAGCCUUUUUAGCUGAAAUGGCUGCCCAGGCGAUGGCGGCUGCCGGCGGAUCGCUGCCUCUUAGUGGUCCUGGUUCCCUAGCCAGUUUGGCUGGCUUAACUGGUGGCUCUGCUGGAGGAGCCGGUGGAGGAGGCUCCUCUGCCUCAGGAAGUGGCAGCCACUCGUCUUCAAAACGACAGCGUGAGCAGGAUGCCUUUAAACAACAAAUGGAUUACUACACCAAGACCCUGGGCCUGGGAUCAGGAAUCUCGCUGAUACCCACCUCCUCGGCGGGAGGAUCUUCCACAUCCUCCAGUUCCGCGACCGCAGCAGCAGCAGCUUACGCUGCAGCUUUGGAUGCUGAGCAACAACAUCAGCAGCAACAGAAGGCGCUCUCCAAACGCUCACGUGGUGAUAUACAUCCUACAAAGGAGGAACUGUCCGCCGCUGCCCUUGCUGCUGGACUUCCCCUGAACCUGGGAGCUAGCAUGAGCAGCAUAGAGAAGAGUCUAAGAGGCGGAAGUAGUUCCAGCACCAGCUCUACACCAGCGCCUAUGUCUGCGGAACAAGAUAAGGUUACAUUGACGCCCCUGAACGCCUCUGGAGGUGGUUCAGGAAGCUCCACUUCCAGUUCAGCAGCUGCUGCGGGACUGGCGGCCAACUUGCCGAGUCAAACAACAAUAACCAUAGCUCCUCCCAUCAGCAGUGGAGCCAGCACUAGCAGCGAGCGUUCGGAACGCUCCGAGUCGCGCAUAUCUCUAACUAUCACCAACGCAGCGGAUGCAGCGAAACUACCGCCGCCUUACGAAGAAGCCGAUGAGCUGAUUAUACAACCCAUACUCAAAAAGCCGACAACUGCCAAUCCAGGCAGUAGUCAUGGCGGAAGCGUGGAGGAUCUGGAUACAGCUGGAAACAUUUCAUCCGGUAAUCUUAGUGGCUCAUCCUCCAGUUCUGCUGCCGCGGCGGCGGCUGCAGCGGCAGCCGAAGAGAAUCGACGCUCAUCGAACCGCCUGAAGCGUCCGAGGUCUGGAAACGAACAAGGAUCCAGCUCCGUGGAAGGACAGCCGCCUGAGAAGCGACGGGAGCUGCGAUCUACUAGACAUACACGCUCCUCGGCGGAUGCCAGCACGCUAAAUCUUUCUGCAGGAAGCGAGUCAGGAGCGGAGGAGCGGAAUGAAUGAGUAUUGCGCAGAUCCGAGCGCCAGCGCUAGCAGGAUGACACGGGUCCUCCGGAGAGGAGGGGAAAAUCACGCGGAGGAGGAGCCACCAGCACCACUGGACAGCCACCACAACAGAUGCAGAGAAUCAAGAAUAGAAAGAUGAUGAGGAACCAGCUGAUGCAUAUGCAAACAAGAUCGAGGCGAAAAUCUAAUGCUAGGCUUAUUGUUACCACUAGAUCCCUUAAGCUUAAAGUUGUGUAAAGUAUAAGAAGCCUAUAAAAACUAUAUAUAGAGCCAAUGUAGAAGAGCGGAUUGUGGUUUGUUGCAACGCCCUGCAGUCGGACACUGCUGCAAAACCGUCUGAAUUGGAGGGCUAAGCAUCACUCCCAAUAGUUGGAUUACUCAAGUUCCAUCGCUGCUUAAAUGGAGCUUGAUUAAUCAAUCGUUUUCCUACCUAUGGCUGCUUAAAUAUUCACACAGUUACGAACAUAUUUAAAAAAACGCUUAUAAUUUAAUUGUAACGAGAGAAGCAAAGUGCUGCUGCAUGAAGAUUAUCCGUUUAAAUUAUUGCAACCACAUAAUUAAUAAGCGGCAUCAAAAAUGUUUAGAUAAUAGACUAUAUCCAUACACACCUAACAAGAAGAGACACAGAUACUUGGGUUUCCUGCGCUGUCCUCACACAUGCAGUCUUUAUAUAUGAUACCUGUACAUAAUUUAUAAUCUUUAAAUGGCUCUCGUAUUGCUUAACGGUUUUUAAUAUAGUAAGGCACCAUGUAUUCUCAUACUGAAUCAUUUUCCACACCUCUACCAUUUACUAUGUUGUAUUGUGUUAUGUCCUCUCUACUCUCUCUGUGUGUCCCACGAAAACUGCGUGUAAUUUUGAUAAUUUUAAUUUUGUAAUUAGUGAAAGUGAAGGGAUUGGAACGCAUAUGGCAAGAAACAAUCCUUCAAGAGUAGAUUUUAAUUUCUUGUAAUUUGUAUGUUUUAAAACAAACUCAUCUGUCCCCUAAAGAACAAAAAAACUACAACAGACCAGGCACGUAACUAACAAAUGCAAAGUGUUUAUUGAAAAAUAGAAUUUUUUAAUUAAAUCAAUUUUAAUGUAAUUGAGAAUCGGAGAAUAUGAAACUUGCACGUUUGAUGAGCAGUAAUGCAAUAAUUUUGCAUAAUUAUUCAAAUCAGUUAAACGAAUUAUGGAUUUCUUUUGCUCGCACUUUACGAGAACGAUUAGUUUAAAAACGGUAACAAGACCACACAGAAAAAAGAGAAGAAAGCUAAACAAACAAGCAACAUAUAUUGCAUACUUAACUUGUAAGUAUAACUCUUAAUUAAAAUAUAUAUUUAACUGCAGAACAAGAAACAAAAGCAACAUCAACCAGAAAAAGAAACUACAGCAAGAACAGCAAGUAAACAAGCAAGCAUCAACUAUUGAUAUUGAUGAUAAAUAAAUAUAUAACAAAAUUUUAAAAAUUUCAACAAA